UGGCUGAGGCAUAGAUGUGAUGUCAUGACUGCGCAAUGAUGUCAUCACACUAGAUGCUGGGAGUUAUAGUUUUGCAACAGCUGGAGGCACCCUGUUGGGGGAAACACCUCUCUAAGGGUAUAACAUGCGGUUAUGGAGUUAAUUCAGUAUAAACCCUAUUCUAUACCGCCACACUGUGCAGACUGGAAUGUAAGACACGUGUCUAGUGUUUGCUCUGCUGUUGCUCAUUUCUCCUUCUGGGCAUUGUAUGUGGCUGUGUACACUGUAUAUAUGUCAUGUGUAUAUAUAUAUGGAAGCGCACACACAGGAUACAGCGUGCCGCUCUCUGAUACAGCGCUGUGCUGACUCAGCAUGACUCGCCCGCUCUGCUGCUCUCUCCCUCCCAGUGCAUUUAUAAAGUUGGGUUCACUGGGGAUUGUCAUAGGUUUUGUCCCCCCUGAAAGCUCCUAAUUACAUAGGGUGACAGAUCAGGACAUUAGGGCGUAUGGACAGCGAUAGUUUGCUGACACACGGUUCCCAGGGUAUGACGACUCUAAGCAAGGGAAACAGCAAAGCUCUCAAGGUUAAGAGGGAGCCAGGGGAGAAUGGCACCAGCCUUACGGACGAAGAACUGGUCACCAUGUCUGUGCGGGAGCUGAACCAGCAUCUCCGCGGUCUGUCCAAGGAAGAGAUCAUCCAGCUGAAGCAACGCCGCCGCACACUGAAAAACCGCGGCUACGCAGCGAGCUGCCGAGUAAAACGGGUGACGCAGAAAGAAGAGCUGGAGAAGCAGAAGGCCGAUCUGCAGCAAGAGGUGGAGAAACUCGCCUCGGAGAACGCCAGCAUGCGCCUGGAACUGGACUCUUUGAGGUCAAAAUACGAGGCUCUGCAGAACUUUGCCAGAACUGUAGCGAGGAAUCCCAUCAACCCUCCCAGGGGGCCGUUCACAUCCGGCAUGAGGCCUCUUAUACCAGGGAAAGUAGCCGCCACUAGCGUCAUUACCAUAGUGAAGUCUAAAGCGGAGGCGCGCUCUUAGGGGACGGGGGGUGACAGAUUUGAUGGCGCUACUGACCGCCACGAGUACUCAAAGAAUUCCUCAGCUACGGAAAAGAGUCCUGGCAGGAAACAAAGGGGCUCAGUAGUAUAAUUUGUGGGGUUUAGGGUACUGUGGUGGUGAGGGGGGGUGUGUCUCUCCCUACGCUUGGUAUCACUCAGUGUUUAAGCGCUCACUACUACUUUUGGCCGUCACUAUGGCGAGCGGCCGAGCUGCAGAGUCAUCGGCGCGCGCUCCGGCGCGCCAGCUUUAGUUCUCCACACUUGAAAGAGUCCUUAAGAUUUCUCUCUGUGUCUUGAGUUUCCUGUCCCGUGGAGCCGUUGGUGUACAGUGUGGCGUCACUAUGUGCAGUGGAUACUUGAAGUGCGCGGUGUCUGUGCUGUGCAGCGUCUGGUGGGAUUGUGACCAACACCCUCUUGUGCGUUUGUUCUCCUUCGUGUCGUGUGUGUGGUUUGUGAUUUCAGACUGUGCCGCUCCUUUACUUGAUUAUUAUUUCGUGGCGUGAGGUCAUGCGACCCUUACGGAGGGUCAGGGUGCCGUCUUGUGUCGUCAGAGUGAGUGUCCUCUUGUAGUGUCAACUUUGAGUUAGUGAACAUUUUGGAUUGUUCUCGAUGUGAUGGGAUAUUGUCUGAAGUCGGUGGCGUUUUCUGUGCCUAAAAAUAAUAAUAAUAAUUGCAUAUCACAAUACAUAAUGGCGGCAUUAAUGGAGGGUAGGUGUACGCUACUUAUCUGUGAGAUCUGCAUUGUACGUGACAGGCAUUUUGCAUCAUGCACUGAAACCUAGUUCUUCAUAAGCUUUCAUUGGUUAUAAUGUCGGCAGUGAUGGGGUCGCCUCAGUAGAAGCGGAAAUAACCAUGGAUAUCAUGGUUUGGCGUCACUAAUUGUGGAGUAAGAUUAGUAGAUCCUCAGUUCAUUAAAGGGGUUAUCCACUGGCUCCAGAAAGUUAAACAGAUUUGUAAAUUACUUCUAU